GGCCGCCAACGGCCCGGCGCCUCCUCCUGAGUGGGCCUCGGCCAUGGGCGCGGCGUCUCUGUUGCCGCGGCGACUGCUUUCGGCCAACUUCCUGUCCGCCGAGGCCACCCCAUUAGCCUGCGAGCUCGUCGGAGCUCAGUCGGAGCCCCCGCCGACGGCGCCGGGCAACCCCGCGGGCGUCAAGGAGAUCGUCCGCCGCGGCGGAUGCACGCUCUUCCCGCAGAACCCCGAGCUGCCCCCGCCGUCCACCCGGCCGCGCCCCCCCGGCUGCAAGACGGUGUUUGUGGGCGGGCUUCCGGAGAACGCCGGCGAUGACGUCAUCAGGGAAGUCUUCGGCCCCUGCGGCGACAUCGUGGCCUUGCGCAAGAGCAAGAAGAACUUCUGCCACAUUCGGUUCAGCCGCGAGUUCAUGGUGGACCAGGCGCUUUGCUUGUCAGGCUACCGCCUCCGUCUCGGCUCCGGCGCGGACAAGAAAGACUCGGGCAAGAUCCACGUGGACUUUGCGCAGGCUCGAGACGACUUGUACGAGUGGGAGUGCAAGCAGAGGCUACUCCAGCGAGAAAAACGCCUCCCCCCCCGCUGA